AUGUUGUCAAAUAAAAUAAAUCAAACAACUAUUAAAGAGAUUGCAAAACAAGCAAUAGAUUGGUCGUUUGGACAUUCUUUGAUUUUCGAAAAGAAGAAAACAGAUCAAGAGAAUGAAGUCGUACCAUAUCCAAUCGUAACACACAUUCCAAUCUCACUACUACCAAACAGAUUCCCAAAGAAACUGUACGGCACUGCAAAUUCACUCGCCAAAGAUUACAAUGAAUUGGUACAUCAAUUAAGUAGAAAUUAUAAUUAUAUACAAGAUACAUUGAAAAAUGUACAAGAUAGUUUUACACAAUCGCUAUUAGAGAUUCAUAGAGCUGUUAAUAAGGAAGGUUUGCGACAAAGCGUUGAACUAGGUAUUUUCCGAUCGGACUAUAUGUUACAUCAGGCCACUGACAACGAAGAGGAUUGGAAGUUGUAUCAGGUCGAGUUGAAUACUAUUUCCUCAUCGUUUGGAUGUAUCUCUACAAAGGUAUCGGAGAUGCACAAGUUCCUCAUUGAAUUCUAUGGACUUCAAUCGCAAUACCCACUGGCUAGUCUGCCAGAGAAUCAUGCCGACGUCGAAUUCUGCAAGGCAUUCGCCAAGGCAUUCGAGUUGUACGGCAAGCAAGAUGCCGUUGUAAUGAUAAUAGUACAGCCGGACGAGCGUAACAUAUGGGAUCAGAAAAUGAUUGGAUACACUCUCUGGCAGAAUCACAAGAUCAGAAUGAUCCGAAGAACUCUACAGGACAUCAAUGAGAGAGCUACUCUUCAUCCUGAAACAGGUGCACUUUUAAUAGCUGGAUAUACACCGAAUGACUAUCCAAGUCAGAAGGAAUGGGAUGCAAGAUUGUUGGUUGAGAGAUCACUCUCGAUAAAGUGUCCUUCGAUUGCCAAUCAUCUCGUGGGCGCAAAGAAGAUACAGCAGGCCAUUGCCAAGACUGGAAUUCUCGAGCAGUUGUAUCAGCCGAGUGAUAGCAGUGCAAUUGGUCGUAUGCGUGAUAGUUUCACUGGAUUGUAUAGUCUUUCGAAGGAGGAUAUCGACAGAUCGGUUGUUGAGCGAGCAAUUCAACAUCCUGAGCUCUUUGUUAUGAAGCCACAGCGAGAGGGUGGCGGCAACAAUAUCUAUGGCGAGAACGUACGUACUUCACUCCAAACGAUGUCCCCCGAUGACUUGUCUUCCUACAUCCUAAUGGAUCGUAUCGUACCGAAAACCUUUAGCAGCUAUAUCAUUCGUGAGAGAGAACUCCAUGAAAUCGAAGCACUCUAUGAGUUGGGUAUAUUUGGUUUAUAUGUAGGAAAUGGUGAUAGAAUUGAAUACAAUGAAAAUGGUGGUAUUUUAUUAAGAACAAAAACAUCAACUUCCGAUGAGGGUGGUGUAGCUGCAGGUUUCGCAUUUGAAUAUAGUGAUAGUACAAUAAUUAUCAGCAUAUUUCUAAAUUUAAAAUCAGAGAGUCAACACCUUGUACAAAUGGUUUCUAGUAAUAGUUUAAUUUUAGUUUAA